AUGGCGUCAGGUUGUGAUGAAACGGUUUUGUGUAGUGUAGUGCAGCAUCAAUUGGCUCGCCUGGGAGAGCCUAACAACGAUAAGUACCAUCUCUUGCGUCUCAUCGAUGAAUACAAACUAUUCUCUUAUGAGAAAUGUGCUGCACUGGAAAAAGUUUUCAAAGAAGUUCAUUCCUUAUUGGAAUCUCCUGUUCACAAGUGGUUUGGUAUGUUACUUCUACAACGUGCAGCUUGCCAAUGCAAUACAGAAAUCCUGGCUGAUUAUGCAAAAUAUUGGCUUGAAAAGACGCUCUCCUGUCUUAAGCCUCAUCAACAGAUAGAAGUACGAAUGAUGGGGUUUCAUACUUUUUCCAUCAUGAUGAAACAUAUUUCUGAUAAGAAGAAUCUUUCCAAGUAUUUUGACACUCCAUUUCUAAACUCCUUCAUCCAUCUGUGUCUCUCUAAUAUCACCUGUUGUCCAGAACAAGCCAUACAAAGUUUGACUUAUUGUAUUGAAAAAUUCCCACCUGCAGCUGAUCUUUUUAAACAUCAAGUUGGUGAAGACUGGAUAAGCAAAUUAUUCCAUGAAAAUAUUUCAGCUAAGUUGAUUGCUGAACUUGUGUCUGCAGUUGAACAUCGAUCGUCUGUCAGUCCCCAAUUUACAGAUUUCCACUGGGAAGUGAUGAACAUCCACUACUUGCUGAACUAUAUUGUGGAUGAAGAUGACCCAGACUAUCAACCACUAAACAUAGAUAAUUCCAUGACAACUAGUUUAAAAAGCUUUUCCAGCAGCAUUUCUGACUGGGAAGAACCCAAAAGGACAAAUGCUAUCAUUUACAAAAUCAGAUUUGGAUUAUCCUGUGUUGAAAAUUCUAUCAAUAAACCAUGUUUGAAAUCUUCAGAUGCCGUCAGUUUUAAUGUCAUUGAGGUUCUUCAGUUACUUCAUAGGAUGGUCGACAUCAGCACCAAAAAGUCAUCACCCUCCAUAAGGAAAGAACUGUACAUCUCUUACCAGCCAACUUUAAUUUGUCAGGGUUCUGCCUUGUUAACCACCAUCAUCAACCGUCUCCGUAGCCAGAUUGCCCCUUUCAGCAAUAUUAUCAGCAAUUUAUUAAUCAAGUUCCUUCAGAAAACUCUCAGCUCUAAAUCUGGACAUUCUACAACUGUUGCUUACUUUGAAACAAAAUCCCAGAUCUACUCUUGCCUGACAGUCUACCUCCAGGUAAUGAAAAGUUCCAUCGAUCGGAAAGGAUUCACAGAUCAAAUGAUCAACCACAUACUUAAAGACAUUGCCAUUGAAGAACCUUCCAUUAAGUUGGCAGAUACCAAUAAGAAAGGGAGAAUUACUAAUGAUGCCCAGUGUAAUAGCAAUGGAGAUCUUGCAGUUAAGGCUCUCAUAGUUCUUCGUUGGUUGAUAAUUACAGUUGGGCCAAGGAUUAAUGCUAAAUCUCUAAAUGAUAUUCAAGCUGCUCUAAUCGAUUGUGUUGAGACAUCAUUCCUCCAACAAUCAGAACAAAAUAUUAGUAGCAGUCGUCGUAAAGAGCAAUUCCAUUCUCUAAUGGUUCUAGGUACUGUUCGUCAUGCUUACUACGCCCCACCUGUUGCUACCAUUAUGUCUUUGUUGAACAGGGCAUCAAAUGAAGACCCUGACCUCAUGGUCUCAAGUUAUUGUCUUGAAGCCAUGAGUAGUUUUGAAUUCAUUGCCAUUGCUUGUCGUGCUGUUAUGUUUCAAACUGUUUCUGUUCCUGCUCAGUCAAGUAAAACCCCAUCAAGCCAGCCACCCACUGCAAUGUGGAUGCAACAUUCAGCAAGCAAUAUAUCCACUCAAGAACCUCGACAACAAGCCUCCUUUAAUGAAUAUCCCUCAGUCUCAAAUACUAGACAACAGUCGCAGACAGUAGGUGAAGCAGUGCCCCUCUUAUCUCCAGUGGCUACAGAACCACCAUCGUUUAUCUCAGUCGGAACUGCUAAUCAUCAGGAUGAUAACUUGCAGCAGAAUAGUUUGACAUUUGAAGGAGAUCUGAACACACCACAAGUUGUUCCCUGUUCCACAUCGACACAACAAGUAUCUGACAUGGAGGCUGCACCCAGGGACAUAGCAAUGGAUGAGGGCAGUGAAGUUGCUUCUGAAUCUAAUUCAGCAGAAGCUAUCAAUUCAGAUUCGGACAUUCAGUUUGUGGAGAGUGCUGGCGGAGAAGAUUCUGCUGAGGAUGACGACAACAGCAUUGAAGAGGAAAAUGAGGAAUCCAAAAAUACAUCACAAAUUGAUGAAAUGCUAAAAGCAUUUGUUGAGGCACCACCAGACUCUGACUAA